AUGUUUUUCAAAAACCCGUUUCUCAGCAUAGCAGUUCUGCUCUUGGGCCUCAGUGUCCUUGCCUCCAGCGCCACAGUCCAGCAUCAAAAGCGUCGAACCUUUACCCACCCCGGGAUCUUCCACUCCUCCGCAGAUCUCCUACGCAUCCGCACCAAAGUCAAUGCCAAAGAAGAGCCCUGGUACACCGCCUACACCGAGUUCGCCGCCAACUCCCGCUCCCAGUCCACAUACACCAUCAACGGCCCGAAGAGCUUCGUGACCCGUGACAACACCAUCGGCUUCGUUGGCCUCUAUGAGCUCAUCUCGGACUGCCGUGCGGCAUACGAUCUGGCCCUGCGUUACUCCAUCACCCGCGAUGCGGCAUAUGCGACCAAGUCCCGCGACAUCCUCAAUGCCUGGUCAAACACGUUGACCAUCAUGAACGGGAGCGACAUCCAAUUGGGUUCUAGUAUCACGGGUACACAUCUGGUCAAUGCGGCCGAGAUCUUGCGUUAUGAUUGGACUGGCUGGGCGGCGGCAGAUAUCACGAAGUUCUCGAAUAUGAUUCAGAACAUCUUCGCGCCUGCUGCGCAUGCAAACUCCGGCGGCUGGGGUACCCUAUCCAUGAAGGCGUUCAUGGCCUUCGGCGUCUUCCUCAACAACGAAGCCCUCUACAACGAAGCCCUCACGCUCUACGACUCCGACGCCUGCGGGAAGCUCUCCUUCAUGAUUGCCAGCACCGGGCAAUACUGCGAGUCUGGGCGCGACCAGGGCCACACCCAGCUCUCGCUCGGGAACAUGGCGGAGAUGUCGCAGAUCUCGGCAAACCAGGGCGAGGACCUCUGGGGGAAGCUGUCGAACCGUCUCCUGCUGGGGUACGAGUACACGGCUAAGUACAACCUGGGCAACGACGGCAUGCCGUAUGAUGCGGCGGUGUCGGCGUGUGGGGCGAGCUGGUCUGCGAUUAGCACGAUUGAUAGAGGCGUGUGGAGGCCGACGUAUGAGAUUCUGUAUGCGCAUUUUGCGGUAGAUAAGGGUUUGGCGGCGCCGUAUACGAAGCAGGUUAUACAGAAGGUGGUCAGGGAGAAGUUGAAUCCUGUUAAUGCGGAUGCGGAUAGUUGUGAGUGGGGGACGUUGAAGUUUAGGAAGGCUGCGUUGUAG